CACAGACACACACACACACCGAGCGACGCGAGUGGGUCGGCCGGAGCUCCUUUGCCCGGCCAUGGGCGCCCCCUCGCCCGCUUCCUACUCCGCCUGCUUUCUCAGCGGCUUUCUCCUGGCGGCCGCGUUACCUUCCUUAGGAACAGACGAGCUAUGUUACAUCCAAGAUGACUUUAGCAAUAAGGAGACAUUGGUUUUUAUCCAGAAACAGCGAGUGGACUGUACUGAAAUUUGUAUGCUAGGUUUGUGAAAUAGGUGUGAAGUUAACUUUCCAGAGUCUUCUCUUCUACCAAGGAAAAACAAAACACUUUCUUCAAAUCAGCCUGCCCUUCCAUUGCUUGGAUUCCAUUCCAAAAGAGCUGCUAUGUUCUACUUCAGGGAUCCUCAGGGGUCUACGGUAUGGAUGAUGCCAGGGAGCUGUGCCAAGGCAAUGCUUCCGGAGCGGAUAUUAUUACUAUAAAUAGCAAAGAUGAAAAUACCUUUAUUCUAAGUAAUUUUCGCUCAAAUUGGCAUGGUCCAGAAUACAUAUCUCUUGGCAUGUUUUUUGACACAGAUGAUAAUAUUUUCAAAUGGUAUGAUGAUUCCAAAGUAAAUUUUACAAACUGGAUAGAGGAAGAAAGUAACAAUGAACUUCUAAACACUUGUGCUACUAUGCAUACGGCUUCAGGUGGAUGGAAAAAAGUCUCCUGUGAACAUCUUCCACUGACUAAGAUCCUGUGUGAAACUACUGUUCUUUAUGAAAAGACACACUUAUUUGAAACUGCUUGGACAAGCAUCAUAGUCAUAAUAUCAACAAUAACUCUGGCAAUCUCUGCAGCAUUUCUCUGGUUUCUUUAUCAAAGGAGGAUAUCUUCUAGACCAAGUUGUAGCAUACAUAAUUUCAUCACUCAAAUUCCAUGUGACAAUGAAACAUUUUUUAUAGAUGAAGAUGAAUAUUCUGCUUAAACUGUUUUCAUUUAGAUACUGUUAUAGAAAGGGGCUCUGGCACAAAAGCAAUCUUCAAAACCACUAUCCUAUAUUCUAAUGAAAUAUAAACCAAAUGAUGUUUAUUUGUUAAAUUGUUUUACGUAUAUGAGGUGAUUAUCUAAAUGUGCAUUUUUCAACAUGCUUAAUAUCCUUUUAAUAAUAUCUAUAGUUUAGAAAUCAUUCUUAUCCAAAAUGCCCAAAGAUCCUUUGGAAGGAAGAAGCUCCUGCAUUCAACACUGCUAAAUUUAUUCAGGUGAGACAUUUGCCAACAACUCACAGCACUCAUUUGUUUAUGAAGUUCAGAUUUCCAAUUGUGGACUAAAAGUCUCUACCAAAACUCUAUCUUUUCCAAAAUUUUAAAAUGCAAGACUGUAAAAUAUUAUCUUUUAAGAAAUGUGGAGCAACUGCAAUGAACAAUGGACAGGACAAUUUAUUAAAACCUGUAGAUUGUAUUUUUAUCAUGAAGUCUGCUUAUUUUCCAAGUGAAUGUCUACAAUUUUUUUAAUAUUAACAAAAUACGGAACUAUGGCAAGGACCUUCAACACAAUCCCUGUCUUUUUAUAUAUGUCUAUUUUAAUAUUCUGUUCUUUGAAAUAAAAUUUUGAUUAUCAA